AUGGCUGAAGAAGAACACACCUUUGAGACCGUCGAUGCCGGUUCCUCUUUGACCUACCCAAUGCAAUGUUCCGCUCUAAGAAAGAACGGUUUCGUUGUCAUCAAGAGCAGACCAUGCAAGAUUGUCGACAUGUCUACUUCCAAGACCGGUAAGCACGGUCACGCCAAGGUCCACUUGGUCGCCAUCGACAUCUUCACUGGUAAGAAGUUGGAAGAUUUGUCUCCAUCCACCCACAACAUGGAUGUUCCAAACGUCAAGAGAACUGAAUACCAACUAUUGGACAUUGACGACGGUUUCUUGUCUUUGAUGACCGCUGACGGUGACACCAAGGAUGACGUCCGUACCCCAGACGGUGACAUCGGUGAGCAAAUCCAAUCUGGUUUCGACGAAGGUAAGGACUUGAUGGUCACCAUCAUCUCCGCCAUGGGUGAAGAAGCCGCCAUCUCUUGCAAGGAGGCUCCAAGAUCCGACUAA